GUUUAAAAUAGAUUCAGUUUAAAUAAUAUGUAAAUUAUACAGUGUUGUAAAGUAAUUAUUGUUGUACUUACAAAUAUAUUUGAUUUUUAAUAAUAAUAAACAUCUUUAAAUGGAUAAACACUUAGAGACCAUCACUUGAGUACCAUCCUAUAAGCAUCCUAAUAAAUAUGAUGAUGUUCUCUUCACUUAUAAAAUCUAAAGACCUUUCUUAAAAAGAAAACUGUUAUCAAGCAUGGCUAUAAUGGUAGUGGUACUUAUAGACCCAACUGUCAAUGUUUCGAAAUUUUUGGACAAAAUGACACCUCAUUCGUGUAAUUGAAUAUCUGGAAUGUAUUGUAACCCUAAAGAGGUUUAAAGAAGAAACAGAUAUUGACACAACGUUCACACUAAAUGAUGUCAUAGAAGUUUUAGGCUUUGGAAAAUUCCAUGUAAAACUUACUGUAGCUGUUGGACUUACUUGGAUGGCUGAUGCUAUUGCUGUUACUUUGUUGGCAGUACUAGGUCCCUCAAUACAAUGCUAUUGGAAUUUAUCUGAAGAAGAAGUUGCUGUGGUAUCAACGUGUGUAUUCAUUGGAAUGUUUUUUGGUUGUCCGUUUUGGGGUUUUAUUUGUGAUAGAUUUGGCAGAAAAGUGACUGUAAUUAUCAGUGUGAUUUGGAUUGCCUUAUUUGGAUUAGUCAAUUCUGUUGUCCCUCACUAUUUGUGGUUACUUACUUCAAUGACUAUACAAGGUUUUGGGGUGGCUGGUGUAGGACAGUCAGUGACCCUUUAUUCAGAGUUUUUGCCAGCUUCUUAUCGGGCAUCAGGAAUUAUUUUUAUAAAUGUUUUUUAUGUCAUUGGUAAUAUUUUCUCAGUGCUUCUUGCAUAUUUUACAUUAAAAUCUUUGGGUUGGAGAAUUUUUACACUUCUAUGUGGUUCACCAAUAGUUAUUGUUUCUGUUUUUAUGUGGUGGUUACCUGAAUCACCUAGAUAUUUGGUUGCUGUUGGAAACUAUAAAGAAGCUUUUAAUAUUUUGAAAAGAGUUGCAAAGACAAGUAUGAAAGAUUUACCAGAAGGACAUUUGCAUUCACAUGAUAACGGUGAAAGCAAAAAUAGAGGAAAAUUUUUAGAAUUAUUACAAUGUGAACAUCGAAGAACUACGCUUAUUCUCUGGUUGCUAUGGUUUACAGCGAUCUUUUCAUACUAUGGUGUUAUUUUGCUGACAAAUGUUCUUUUAAGCAAACCAGAUUGCUAUGUUUCAAAUUCUGAUUUCAAGAGAGCAGUACAGAACACCACGGUUCAAUGUCAUGUAGUUGAAAGUGACAAUUACAUUAAAUAUCUCAUUACUGUGCUAGGUGAGAUACCAGGCUUGUUACUUACAUUUUUCUUAGUUGAGAAAAUAGGACGGAAGCCAACACUUGUUUUAUUUUUUUUUAUUUCAUCGUUACUUGUAACAUCACUUCAGCUAUGCUUAAACAGAAAAGUGUUAGUUUUGCUGAUUUUUGGAAUGCGAGCUUUUAUUACCGGAAUAGUUCAAACGGUUUAUUUAUAUACACCUGAGGUAUACCCUACUCAUAUUAGAGCUAUUGGAUUGGGAACUGCAGCUGGUUUCUCAAGAUUGGGAGCCAUAGUCACACCAUAUGUAUCACAAGUGAUUAUUCAGGAAACACCUGGCAUAGCUAUAUUUAUUUACUCACUUCUUCUAUUUCUAUGUAUCGGCGGAUCUCUCUUAUUGUCGAAAGAAACAAAAGGAAUGCAAUUACAGGACCACGACGAUCAUUAGAGUGUAACCAAAGGAUCACGAGGAUUGUUAAAAUAUAAACAGAUUUUUGUUAGUUGACAAUUGCUACAUAGUGCAGUAUUGAUAUUCGUUAUAGAAAUUUAUUGUAAAAUUUGUUUAUAAAUACAUAAAAUAAACCAA